CAACCUUUGUAAAGACUUUCUGAUCUGGGAGUGGUAUUUUCGCCAAAAAAAGGACACAUAAGACAAGAUCUUUUCAUCUCAGAAGUUAGAACCACUAUCUUACGUCCGGCUAUGGCGUCCCGUCUACCGGUAGUCCACCUCUACACGUACUUGGCGGCACCACUACAGGAAUCCCUGCACAAACUGUGUCCUGGGAUGGCGGUCGUCAAAGUUGUUGGGUCAAACUUCGACACCUACGGCUUGCUUCCCUCUGCUCCUACCCCGGAGGAUGUGGCUGCUCUACAGGAAGCAGAGAUACUUGUGGCAGACCCAAACCUCAUGCCUCCUCUCAUGCACAAACUCCCUCAGCUCAAGUGGGUGCAAUCAACAUGGGCAGGUGUGGAUUCUAUGCUGAAACAUCUGGACAAAACAAAGCCUCUUCCCAGCUACACCCUGACAAGGUUUGGUGGAGUAUUUGGACCAGCGAUGGCUGAAUAUGUCAUCUCCAACAUUGUCAAUAGAGAGAGGAGAGCUCAGAAACAGUGGGAAAACCAAAGAAACGGAGUAUGGGAUAGAGCUGGAGACAUUCACAACUACCGGCCUUUGACUAUGCUGUCUGUUGGCAUUUUGGGGGUUGGAGACAUUGGGAAAGACAUUGCGAGGUACUGUAAGACCUUUGGUAUGACUGUGUGGGGUGUUGUCAGGAGGGAGCUCAGUCAAGACAAGCGAUCACCAUAUGUGGACCAUUACAGAAAGUUUUCAGAGUUGCCAGAAGUUCUGCAGAAAUGUGACUACAUCUGUUGUGUUCUCCCCAGCACUGCUGAAACAAAGGGACUCCUAAAUGGAAACAUACUGGAAAGCUGUAAAGAAAAGAAGUCAGUAUUCAUCAACAUUGGAAGAGGAGAUGUCAUCAGUGAAGAGACCAUAGUGAACGCCAUACAGUCUGGAUGGAUCUCACAUGCCAUCUUAGAUGUUUUUGAAACAGAACCGCUUCCUGCCACAAGCCAGCUGUGGAAAAUGCCUCAGGUGACCAUUACACCACAUGUAUCUGCUGUCUCUAUUCCUUCCCAGGUGGCUGAGAUGUUCUAUGAUAACUACCAGCGGUAUGUGAAGGGGGAAGAGCUGAAGUACAUCAUCAACUUGGAGAAUGGCUACUGAGGAUCUUUUGGUGCACCCUGGAAAUUAGCCUGUGUUAGACAUUACUAGCGCAGGAACAUUAGCCAAUCAACAAGCUUCAUACUGGGAUAUAUGGGGACACUUCAGUGGGGGUGCCAGGCUGCAAUUCUACCUCUUUCUGUCAGGGGGCACAACAAUGUGCAAAAGGGGUCAAACCCUAACUAGUCCAGAUUAAUAUGCAAACCCCAUAACCAGUCCAGACUGGACCGUUUUUUCCGCCAACCCAUUGUCCCCUACCUCAGGGGCUGGUGAGUCUAAUGCAAAACAAAAGUCCUCUCAAAAAUAAAUAAAUUUUACAAUAAGUGAUUACA